AAACAACAUAUCGGAAUCAUCGUUCAUUCAGAGUCAGCAUCGCUAUCUCCAAAACAAAAGUACUACCGUUUUUUCGUCUUCUCCAUUUUCUUCAUCAGCAUAGCGACACAAACGCACAACAAGCACCGUUGACUUUUUCCAAUUUUCCAAUUUCCUCGGUGAUUCUAUCAUCUCCGUCACAAUCGCGCGCCAAACGCUGAAUCGAUCGGUGCCACCGUGCCACCACUCAGGGAGAGAGAUGCCACUUGUAUUGAGCCUUGGAAAUAAAAUUGGUUAAAGUGGUUUGGACACGUAUAAAGAACAACUUCUCAGCUUUGGGACUGUGUAUUCAUUUUUGACUUUUAGAGAGAGUCUCUAACAGGCCAACAUGAGUGUGGAUUCAAAGAAAAGUGCCUCUAAUGGCCAGGAGAAAAUGUUGCUAUCACAAGAACAGCAAGCAUUGAUCAAUGAGGUGAGAAAGUUAAUCGGGCCACAGUCUGGUAAGGCGUCCAUUUUUUGUUCUGAUGCAUGCAUCUCAAGGUAUUUGAGAGCACGGAAUUGGAAUGUCAAGAAGGCAGUGAAAAUGUUGAAGCUGACCCUGAAAUGGAGAGAGGAAUACAAACCAGAAGAGAUUCACUGGGAAGAUAUUGCUCAUGAAGCAGAGACAGGAAAAAUCUAUAGAACAAAUUACAUUGACAAGCAUGGGAGAACAGUCCUAGUAAUGAGACCUAGUCGUCAGAACUCGAAGUCAACAAAAGGCCAAAUUAAAUAUUUGGUAUACUGCAUGGAGAAUGCUAUUCUAAAUCUUCCACCAGAACAGGAACAGAUGGUCUGGUUGAUUGAUUUCCAGGGUUUCAAUAUGUCACACAUAUCAAUAAAGGUGACACGUGAAACAGCCCAUGUAUUACAAGAACAUUAUCCUGAACGUCUUGGUCUGGCAAUACUGUACAAUGCACCUAAGUUCUUUGAACCAUUUUUCACGAUGGUAAAGCCCUUAUUAGAGACUAAGACUUAUAAUAAAGUCAAGUUCGGUUACUCUGAUGAUCAGAACACCAAGAAGAUUAUGGAGGAUUUGUUUGAUUUUGAUCAUCUUGAAUCUGCAUUUGGCGGGAAUGAUGAUACAGGAUUUGACAUAAAUAGAUAUGCUGAGAGAAUGAAAGAGGAUGAUAAGAAGACUUAUUCUCUCUGGACAAGGGAAAACUCUCCACCAUCAGUCCCAAAUCUUGCUCUUUCUUUAGAUUCGACUAGGUUAGAAUCAGAUACUGAUGCUUCAGACAGUGAGAAAAUAGACUCUUCCCCUGACCUCGUGAUGGAUACAGGUAUCAUUAACCCUGAUCAGAAAAGCUUGGUUAAUGAAGGAGAAAAAAAUGCCAGUGCAGAUAUUCAUUAGAAUGAGAAAUUACAUACCUUGGGCCUUUGAAAUAACAUACAGGCACUGAGGAUACAAUAUGCUAUGAGAAUUCUUAUUUUGAAGUUAGAAUCAAGAAACCUUUUGUUAAUUUGAUGUUUGGAUUUAACAUGAUCACAGAUGUUUUUGCUUUGUGAAUUCUAUCUUUUAACCGGCAUGAAAUGCUUGCUUGUGCAGUCAGCAGUGUUUUGCUGCUGUUGUGGUAGAAAUUUUUUUUCCUCCCUCGUGGAUGGAAGAAUGGUUUUAGUUAUUUAUAGCAA